AUGCAAAUUGGCAAGAAAUUAUUCAUUGACAUGCAUUUCAUCUAUUUUUUUUUCUUCUUCCAACUGAGCAAUAUUCAAACCACCGUAGCGCAAACGGACCAAACAGAACCGUUGGAUUUAUCAAUAUCAAAAGGGAAAGAGAAGGGGGAUGGAUUACAAGGCUUAUCAAUGGAAAGAAUGGGUGAAGAAGAGAUUGGAUUGCAAGUGUUUCAAACAAAGCCCUUGGAUUUAUCGGCUUCAAAAGUGAAAGAGGAAGGAAAUAAGUUAGAAGGUUUAUCGGUAGAGGGAGUGGAUGAUGAACGAAUUAAACCGCGGCGGCAGCUUGUUCCAAUCGAAACAGUAGUGGAAGUAAUGGAACUAUCAAAGAAAGAAAGAAGGGCGGAAAGGAAACAGCAUUGCAAUAUAUGUCAAAAGGAAGUAACACAUAUGAAAGAACAUAUGAUGACUCAUACCGGUGAGAAGCCGUACAGUUGUUCAAUAUGUAAAAAGAAUUUCACUAGUUCCAGUAAUAUGAAUAAACACAUGUUGAUUCAUACCGGUGAAAAGCCGUACAGUUGUUCAAUAUGCAAAAAGAAUUUCACUCAGUUCGGGGAUGUGAAAAAACAUAUGAUGAUUCAUACCGGUGAGAAGCCGUACAGUUGUUCAAUAUGCAAAAAGAAUUUCACUCAGUUCGGGGAUGUGAAAAGACAUAUGAUGAUUCAUACCGGUGAAAAACCGUACAGUUGUCCGAUAUGCAGGAAAAGUUUUAUACAAAAACACAUUUUGCAGUCUCACAUGUUCAUGAACUCAUUGCUUGUGCUGCGUUUUACCACAGUUAAACAGCUGGGACAUUUAAAGAAACGGUUGGUUCUGCAGGGGAUUGUGAUGUGUGUUGCUGUAGUUUUCAAUCAUUCAGAAAUAUGGUCGAUGAAUGAAACUAUGUCUCUUAGUAUAUGUUUUACUGCGUGA